AGCUUGUCUUUAAUGAAUGAAAAUAUUGAAUGGAGUGGUCGAUCGCUAGAGUAUAAGUAUUUUGGGAAAUUUUGUAAAACUCUGUGUAAAACUGACAGAGUCUCUGGUUAGAGUGUUUUUUAGCUUUACAGGUAUUUUAUUUCUUUUAGAUAAUUUAUGUAUUUUAAUUUGUUAUCCUGUUGUCAAAUUAUCACAUGCGGUGGUGCUUUUAAUAUCAGUGUUGAAGCGUGAUUAAAAUUAUCAUUAUAAACUUUCAAUUAGAUUUCAUUGAAAAAAAAAUUGCGGCGACUUAAAUCCUGUAGUGAAACAGAUAUGGAUUUUUUAAUUUCUCAUAUAAAUAAUUGAAUCAUUUUGAUCAAAAACUUUGAAACUCUUAAAAGCAAAUGUAGACUUGUAACUUCAUGCAUUAAAUGAACAUUUUAUUAAAAGUGAGAAGUGUGUACUUGAGCGUUGGAACUGUAAAAAAUUUGUGUGGAACACGUUUUGACUUGCGACGAUCACCGGUAGCUAGAAUGGGUUUAUUAACAGAGGGAAGUCCACUCUCAUGGGAGGAGACGAAGGCGUUGGCGGAGCAUGUUCGACAGCACGGCGUCGAGCAGUUUAUCAACUUGUACAGCAAACUGCAAGAAAGAACAGGGGACGUGCUCAAGUGGGGCGACGAGGUAGAAUAUAUAAUAGUAAAAUUUGAUGAUGAAAAUCAGAAAGCCACAGUGAGUCUCAGGGCUGACGAACUCUUGCCCAAACUACAAGAAAAAGAACUAGCUGAUCCACAAAAUGUGAAAUCAUUAUGGCGCCCCGAGUAUGGUGCCUACAUGGUGGAAGGUACACCUGGCAAGCCAUAUGGUGGGCUUCUGGCACAUUUCAAUAUUGUAGAAGCGAAUAUGCAGUACCGCCGGGCUGAGGCUAGCGCUCUUCUCAAGGAUGGCGAAGUUAUCAUGAGCUUAACAAACUUUCCUAGAUUAGGGUGCCCGAACUUCACAAACCCGCCGUUUACACCAACACCAAAAGAUGGAGUAACAAAAUCGCUUUAUUUUCCUGAUGAAGGCAUAUUUCCGGGACAUCCUAGGUUUAAAACAUUGACUGCAAAUAUACGGCAGAGACGAGGAGAAAAAGUUGCUAUCAAUCUACCAAUAUUCCGCGACAAAAACACGAAGAUCCCCGUCGACGAGGCGCACGCGCUGGAGCCAGGUGCAGCGCUGCCCGACUGCGUGUACAUGGACGCGAUGGGCUUCGGCAUGGGUUGCUGCUGCCUGCAGCUCACCUUCCAGGCGUGCUGCAUCACCGAGGCGCGGACGCUCUACGACCAACUUGCACCACUCUGCCCUAUUAUGCUAGCGUUGUCGGCGGCGUCGCCGAUCUACCGCGGGUUCCUGACUGACGUGGACUGUCGCUGGAACGUGAUCUCCGCGUCAGUGGACUGCCGCACGCGCGAGGAGCGCGGCCUCGAGCCUCUCCGCAACAACAAGUUCCGCAUACACAAGUCGCGCUAUGACUCCAUCGACUCUUAUCUCUCGCCUCAACAUGAAAAAUACAACGACAUUCCAAUAGUGCACGACGAGAACAUCUACCGGCGGCUGCGCGAGGGCGGCAUCGACCACCCGCUGGCCAUGCACGUCGCGCAUCUCUUCAUCAGGGAUACCGUUUCGCUCUUCUCAGAGAGGGUUCAUCAGGAUGACGAAAACGACACUGAUCAUUUUGAAAACAUCCAAUCGACGAACUGGCAGACCAUGCGGUUCAAGCCGCCGCCACCGAACUCGUCGAUCGGGUGGCGCGUCGAGUUCCGCCCAUGCGAGGCGCAGCUCACCGACUUCGAGAACGCUGCGUACGUGUGCUUCGUGGUGCUGCUCACCAGGGUCAUACUCUCUUACCAUCUCAACUUCGUCAUGCCUAUCAGCAAGGUGGAUGAGAACAUGCAGCGUGCGCAGAAGAGGGGCGCGGUGUUGAGCGAGAAGUUCUGGUGGCGCCGCGACGUCGGCGCGCCCAGCGACGUGGCGCGCCUCGCCACCGAGCCCGCCGACCAGUACGCCGAGAUGACGGUCGACGAGAUCGUUAACGGAAAGGACGGAGUAUUCCCCGGGCUGAUCCCGCUGAUCGAGUCGUACCUGUCGGGCAUGGACGUGGACGCGGACACGCACUGCUCGGUGCAGCAGUACCUCAAGCUCAUCCAGCGGCGCGCCUCCGGCGAGAUCUCCACCAUGGCCACCUGGAUGCGGAACUUCGUCACCACCCAUUCGCAAUACAAGCAAGAUUCGGUGGUGAGUGAGAAGAUAAACUACGAUCUGCUGAAGACAGCAUGCGGCAUCCAGUCGGGGUCGAUCCCGGCGCCUACGCUGCUCGGCGGUAGCACCGUCUCCAAGACCAACGAAGACAUUCCCAAAGCAUUUAGUAAAAUGAUGGGCAAGGACUGCCCCUAACGAGCGAGUCGCUCAACAGUCUAGUGCCUUCUUUGCCGCGGGUGCACUCCUAUGCCUAGUGUAUUAGUUACUAUUAUAUAGUUGCCUUAUAUUAUUUUAGUGACGUUAAUUUCUCCCAAAUAAACAAAGAUGCUCUGUUAUAAUCAUAGAACUAUUCUAUACAACGACAAAUUUAUUAAAGCCUAGCUUUUGCACGUGGCUUCGACCCGUGAAAGUUUUUCAGGGAUAAAAGUCCCGCUGUAUAUUUCCCCGGGAUAAAAGUAGCCUAUGUCCUUCUCAUGGUCUCAAACUAUCUCCACACCAAUCGUUCCUUAUUCUAAAUAGCCCAGUGGUUCAGCCUUGAAAGCGUUACCCACAGAAAGAAUAUAAUACUUUCUCGUUUAUAAGUAUGGAUGGACUAUAGAAAAACAUUCCUCGAAUGACAACCAUUUCAAUCUUAAAUUAAAACCACUGUGGGUGAAAAUGUGUUUUUUUUUCACACAUUUAGUUCAUGCACAGUUAGGCUAACGUAGGAAGGUAAUACUUUAUGGAGUUUAAUGAAUUUAGAAGAUAUUAUCGAGUGGAUUCUGUUGCUUCGGAUUGUACAUGCAGACAUGUUGCACUCGUGGCCGCGGAUACGUUGUUUCGUGAGACAGGUUAUUGAGAUUGUUAAUAAUACCUUUUAGAAGAGUUGUCCAUAGAAAAUGUUGUUAUUACGAGGCACUCACACGACCGUUUGAUUUGAAUAAACUCGAUCCAAUUUUUUGGAAUUACAAGUUCGCCGGAAUCUCAGUUCAGCGUCCACGUAAUAUCGAAACAUAUAACUGCGGUUCUCAUUCCUGAUUCAUAUUUAUGCUAGUUUUCAAAUUAGUCUAAACUUUGCACAAUCCGAUUCCAAUGGAAUAGUCCAUAUUAUGAAGUUAGCUGUGAAACAAUAAGAAACAAUGAGACAGAUGAGUUAUUUCUUUUUUAUCAAAGUUUUAUGAUUGUCCAAUCAUAUAGCAAAAUUAUCAAAAUGAAUAAUAAAUAAUUUACAACCGUUUAAAAUCGUUACUGGAAACUGUCAAAAACUAAAUAGAAAUGUGAGUAGACAGAUAUGACAUCACCAGUCGUAAAUAGUCGUAAUGAUGCGCGCAUAAGAAAGAGAUAGAGGGAUAGAUAUCCGUACUAGGCGCCUUGUUUUGUUCUUUGCAAUAUUGAAACAAGAAAUUAUACAUAAUUUUUAAACCAAUGUUCAUGCUGUAUCCGCAAUUUUUUUCCUUUUAUAGUUUUAUAAACGGUCAGGUAUAAAUAAUGUACAAGAUCAAACGUAAUCCUCCACCUUUUUAUUAACAAACUAUUGAGGUCGGUUGCACUGAAAUAGAAGCGCCCGCGUCUGACACCUCAAAUUGCGUUGUGCGCAGCGAAACGUACCUACGAUGUUUCGAGGCGUCGUUAAGUUUGAAUCGGAUUGUAUUAUAUUUAACCUUUAAAAUAUGUAACUAAUUUCAGACAUAUCUUGCUAUUCAAUUUGCUUUUGAAUUCAUUGAGUUCCUCGUUGUUGACCUACACAAAAUAAAUAUAUGAUUAUAAUUGCGCUUUCAUGUUGUAUCAGUCCUAAAUAUUCAACUUCGUUGAUUCCUUUUGUCUUAUUAGCAUGCACCUUAAAUUGAUGCAUUUGAUUCACAGUUAUCAUUUAUAUACCUACGUUAGUUGAUCUAAAGGAGUUGAGCAAACUUUAUAAAGCAUCAGUUGGCUACUAGCAUUUAAAACAGUAUUAAUUUUGUUGUAUAUUAUACAAUCCGUCGGAUACUCAGCUGUGUCGUAAAAAAUUGCAGUGUUUUGAAUGGUUGAUUGCAUGAAAUACUGUUUCAACUUAUAGUUAAGAAUAUUACCCGUUUGUUUGCGUUAUGUUAUAAUUUAUGUCUAAAAUACCACUUUGGCUUCAAAUAUUACUUGUACCUUAUUUAAACGCGCUAAUGUAUCAUUAUAAAAAUAAAUUGUUAUGCUAGAUUUAGACUAGCAAGUGCAUGUAGCAAUAUGCUGCGCAAGAGUUGCAGAUUUCAGCUUGCCGUGAUUGAUUACACGGUAUUAUUUUUUUAUGCAAAUCGACUUCUGCUAGUUUAUUUGGUAAUCUAAACUUUGUUUUAUUUAACUUAACAAAAAAAAAACAAGUAUUACAAUAGAUUGUUUGGUGUUUUAAUGAGGUUUUGUUACUACCAACCAUAGGAACGUAGCUCAAAAAUAAUAAUAAUGCAAGGAUGUAAGUGAAAAGUGGGGUUUACUGGACUUGUCGGUAAGAAAUGUGAUAUCUUGCUACACUUCAUCUCAGUUCACUUUAGACCUCCAGUUCGUGUAACACGGGGAUAAAGUUUGGGAACACUGCUGUCUUGAUAAGCACGUACGGAGCAAGACAAUGUAAGAACAGGGUGGUUGUGACUAGCUCGAUUAAAUUUGGUUGCACUUACAUUAUUUUAUAAUUAGUUUAAUUGAAUACUAAGUUAUAUAUUUGAAUGGAUUCGAAAAAAACUGUGCCGUGGGUGCUACUGGUAAUUACGUAAAUCACAUUAAAUUACAAAUGUUAACUAUUUUAUUAAUAAUUAUAGUUAAGCACUACAUAGGACUUGCCCUGUUAUCAUUUAUUCGCAUAUAUGUACCUUAAUGUAGUUUCUUUAGAAACCAGUGAUUAAGAUCAUAGUCGAAAUAAAAUGAAGCACAAAAUUAAAAUAUUUUUACAAAUUACGAGGAGAAUUUAUGUGCAAUAUCUAUUUAGACCCUGCAUUACUUUUACACAAUUUGUUGUAUAUGUUAUACCUAUUUUGUUCACUGUUAGUGAUUUUAUUAUUAUAAUAAAUAUUGAUAAUAUUAA